UUUACUAUUAUUGUGUGUCAAUAUUAUAAAUUUGAUCAUGUACAAUUAUUGUCAAAAAUAAAAUAGAUACAUGGUAGAUAAUUAAAUUAAAUUAUCAACAAUAACAAUUUAAAUCAUUUAAAUUAUUAUUUAUUAAAAAAAAACAUUGGCAGCUAUUUUGUUAUAUACUAUAUAUUAAUAUCUAUUGAUAAGUUAUAACAAUAUAUUAAUAGGCGUUUAAAAAUUGUUAAUUGAUUUUUAAAUUAUUAUUUUUUAAAUAUAAUUAAUUAUAUUUGGUUUUGGUUUUGUGGUUGAAAAAUGAUGGCCAACUUUGAGAAAGAAGGCAUCCAGAAGCAGAUCCAACAGGACUGGGCUAACAGAGAGUAUAUCGAGAUAAUUACCGGUAGUAUCAAAAAAAUUGCCGACUUUUUGAACUCGUUUGACAUGUCGUGCAGAGGAAGGUUGGCCUCACUUAACGAAAAGCUGACAUCACUUGAGAGGAGGAUUGAGUACUUGGAGGCUAAGGUAACCAAAGAUGAAACUCUUAAUUAAAAAAAGACAUCAAUUAGUAAUAAUAAUAAUAAUAAUAAUAAUAAUAAUUUUUUUUGAUAAUUGAUUUGUAA